AUGGACAGCUGCUCUGGAUUAGCCCUUGCCGAUUGCUGGCUUCACCCCUUGCGAUUGUUCCAUCCAAAUGUGAAUGGUGAAGGGGGCAUCUGCCUCGACAUCUUGAACGAUCCGACACUAUGGUCGCCGGCAAUUGGUUUAGAGAAGCUGCUUGUCAGCGUGGCAUCCUUGCUGAGCGAACCUCGAGUAGAGCACGGCUUGAAUGACGAGGCUGUGGCCUUGCUGCGCUCCGAUCCAUCUGCCUUCGAGGAGCGGGCGCGGGCGCGGGCGGCUCCGACGACCUGUCCUGCGGCGGUCCGCCCUCGCACGCCGCUGGCUGGAGCUCCUGGUCCUGGCGGUCCUAGCCCUCUCCGGCGGACGGAAGCUGCGACCACGGCUCCCGGAGCUGAUUCAGAGCGGCCGGCGCCUCUGAAGGACGGGUCCGGUGUCUGCGGCCUCCUCCUUGGCGGCCUGGUGCUGGGACUCGCGUAUGUUAUCCGAUCGCAGAGCCUUUGA